UCAAAGACAACAGGUUCAGUUUGCUGCAAGCAUGAAGCACGCUCUGCACAGGAUUCUGCUUCUUCAACUUCUGACAACUCUUGGACUUCAUGCUCUUGGUAGUGAAAUCAUAAAUGGUAAAAAGGUCCCGGACAACAAAAUGCAGUUUAUGGCCUCCGUGCAGAACAACCAAAAUGUUCAUAUCUGUGGAGGAUUCCUCAUCAAUGAAGUCUUUGUGGUCACUGCUGCACAUUGUGAUCGCUCGAAUCCUACAAGUGUUGUUCUUGGUACCCACAAUCUCAAGAAGGUUGAUGAGAAAAUGAGAUACGGUGUGAAGAGAUGCAAGCAUCCAUCUUACAAGAAAGUUGAAGAGGGGGCAGACAUCAUGCUCCUCAAACUGUCCAGGAAAGCUCGACAGAACAAAAGAAUAAAACCGAUUCCACUUCCAAAAGCUGAGAUUAAGUUCAAGAAUGAACAAAAGUGCCAGGUAGCUGGAUGGGGCUCCACAAGUGAUGGUAAAUCUGUUGAUGAGCUGCUAAUGGUGGUUGUGCCCAUUGUUGACCUGGAGGCCUGUAAAAGAAUAUGGGAACGUCGAAACUUUACUCUUCCGGAAAACAUCACCUGCGCAGGUGGAUAUCGCACAAAAAAUGGAUUCUGUGAGGGUGAUUCUGGCGGCCCUCUGGUGUGCAACGGGAGAGCAGCUGGAGUUGUGUCUUACAACUGGAAUAACAACUGCCAAUACCCAAAUAUGCCCAAUGUGUACACAGAUCUACCGAAAUACCUUCCCUGGAUCAGAAAGAUUCUCAAGAAAAAUAAUUGUUAAAUGUAACAGAUCAACAUACUCGUAUGCACUGUAGUGGCUCCUUGGAUUUAAAUAUCAUCUUAAAACGUUUCACUUUUACAGAAAAGCUCUAUAAUGAGUUCACCAUUAUCAUCACCAAUAUAAAAGUGCAACAUGCUUUUAGUGUACUGUACU